AUGUAUUAUUUAUCGGUGGCCGAUAAUCGUCAGUCCCUGUACAUCAAGCGAAUAAUGAUUAGUUUGGUAGCGUCUUAUCCGUUCAUUUCCAAGACGUUGAGGGACGCUGGUCGCACGUCUAUCCCGAGCACGAGUCACUGUUGCACAGCUCAACUUCAAAAAAACGGCACCGGUUACGACGACCUCAACGAUUUACUGGCAGAUCCGGCGGAUUUGGAAUUCACUAUAGAUUUGCUGAAGAUCGAGGUUCCGGGUUCAUUCGAAAAGGAGACUUGGCUAUUGGACGAAAAUGAAAAACGAAAUACGAUUCCUGAACUCAAAGAAGCCGGUAACGAGUUAUACCACAAAGGUAAAUACAAAGAAGCUGAAGAAAAAUACAUGUUGGCUCUCGGAUUCUUGGAACAAAUCAUGAUGAAACUCAAACCCCGUGAAAAGGAAUGGGACGAAUUGAACAAAAUAAAAACUCCACUGUUACUGAAUUUGGCUCAAUGUAAGCUUAUUUCCAAGGACUAUUACCAGGUCAUAGAACACUGUACAUCAAUUUUGGACGACGACCCUGAUAACGUCAAAGCAUUAUUCAGACGUGGAAAAGCAAAUAUAUCAGUGUGGAAAAUGAACGAAGCCAGAGAAGAUUUAAAACACCUUUCGACUCUGGAUCCAAGUAUGCAGGUUUCGGUCAACCGAUUGCUCUGUCAAAUUAACGAAGCAUUGAAGAUAAAAGACGACGAAGAUAGACAAAAAUUAAGGGGAAAACUAUUCUGA